AUGGCCAUGCGAGCACAGAAGAUGGGAAGUGCUUGGGGCAGGUUGUGUCUGCUGCUCUCUCUCCUCCUUCAGCUGCCAACCUCCCAAGGCAAAUGCUACUUCCAGGCUAAAGCUCCCUGUGAGUAUGAGGGGAAGCAGUACUCCCUGGGGGAGUCAUGGCUGAGCACUAACUGCCUGCUCUGCACCUGCCUGCACCCCGUCGGCGUGGGCUGCUGCGAGACCACCCAGCACCCCAUCGACUUCCCCGACUGGUGCGAGGCCCACUACGACUCACAGACCUGCCAGAUCUCGGUGGUGCAGAAGGCCAACCCCAGCCUGCCCUGUGUGAAGAGCGUGGAGCACGAGUGGGGCGCAGCCGGCACCCCUGAGCCGUUCAUCAACAAGGUGCUGGGCAUGGGGCUGAGCAGGUAG